AGUCCAUAAUACUUGUCAAUAAUAACAUUAAAUUAAUCUGUUAUUAAUAUUUAAAAAUUAACAUUUUUUAAGUGCUUUGAAAUCUCAAAAGCAAUUUGUUUACAACACAGAAUUUUUGUAAUCAAUAAAACCACCAAAUUUUUAAAAUAUUUUGCGGUACAAACAUCCGAAAAUUUCACUAUAAAAUCACCUGAAGUCAAUCAAUCCACUCAGUAAACUCUUUCAUUUCGAAUUUUAAAGUUCUUCAAUGGCGUUCAACAAGAAUAACAUCCUGCUGCUCUACGACAGACCUAAGGAACCAAUUUUCAUCCCUAAGGGUGACGAAAGAAAAGGUUUUGACGUCCCUGCCGAGUACUUUAGUGACAGAUACCGUCCUUUAGGAGCUCAACUGUCCAACAGAUUUGGUGAAGAAGCCAAUGAAGUCAUUCAAAUUACCAGAAUUUCCAUUCCACCUCUAACUGAGAUUCUUGAACUGGCUCGUGAUGAAAACUUUUCUUUAUUUCUUCCCAAACACCGUACCUACGCCGGAAGGAUGAUUGAUAUAUUCCUGGGAGUUCGAAAUGUAGAAGACUUGCUUUCUGUAGCUGCCUAUGCCAGGGAUAGAGUGAACCCUUACUUAUUCAACUAUGCUCUAUCCGUUGCAUUACUUCAUCGAGAAGAUACUCAAGACCUCGAUGUUCCAUCAAUCAUAACAUCGUUUCCUGACAAGUACGUUGACAGUAAAGUGUUUGAAAAAGCGCGUGAGGAAGCCAACAUCGUUCCCGAAGGCUCCAGAAUGCCCAUCGAAAUUCCCAAGGACUUUACAGCUUCUGACUUAGAAGAGGAACACCAAUUAGCUUAUUUCAGAGAAGACAUCGGUGUAAACCUCCACCAUUGGCACUGGCAUUUGGUUUAUCCCUUCGAAGGUGCUCUCACUGUAGUAAACAAAAACCGUAGAGGUGAGUUAUUUUACUAUAUGCACCAACAGAUCGUGGCUAGGUACAAUGUUGAGCGUUUCUGUAACAAAAUGAAGAGAGUAGAACGCCUCAUUAAUUGGGACGAACCAAUUAGAGAAGCUUACUUUCCUAAGCUUGACAGUUUGGUAGCUAGUAGGUCAUGGCCUGCUAGAGUUAAAAAUCAAAGACUCUCGGAUGUUCGCAGGGAGAUAGACGGUGUUAUUGUUGACAUUGAUGACAUGAGAAGAUGGAGGGAUAGAAUAUAUGCAGCCAUACAUGCUGGAGUGGCUAGAGAUAGAAACGGACGGGAUGUUCCAUUAACUGAAUUUGAAGGUAUUGAUAUUCUUGGUAAUAUGAUCGAAUCUAGUAUUCUAUCCAUCAAUAGAGACUUUUAUGGCGACAUGCACAAUACCGGACAUAUCAUGCUUUCUUAUAUUCACGAUCCUGAUCAUCGUCAUCUUGAAUCCUUUGGUGUUAUGGGAGAUUCAGCAACAGCAAUGAGGGAUCCAGUAUUCUACCGGUGGCACGCCUUUGUUGACGACAUGUUUCAAGAAUUUAAAGCAACCCUUCCAAGAUACACAGUAAAUCAACUUAAUAACCCUGGAGUAACUGUCGUGGAGGUCGAGGUUCAGACCCAAGGAGGUCAUCCAAAUAUUUUACAAACUUUCUGGCAACAAUCUGACGUGGAUCUUUCCAGAGGUAUGGACUUCCAACCUAGAGGAGCUGUUUUUGUUAGGUUCACUCACCUCCAGCACAGACCUUUUAUGUAUAACAUUGCUGUAAUGAGCGACGCACCUAGACAAGCAACCUGUCGAAUAUUCCUUGGACCGAAAUUCGACGAACGAGGUAAUCCGUGGUUGUUUAGAGAUCAGAGACUUCACUUUAUUGAACUUGAUAAGUUCAUGGUGAAUUUGAGACAAGGACCCAACACUAUAGUUCGUACUUCUGAACAAUCUUCUGUCACUAUACCGUUCGAAAGAACUUACAGGGACUUAGAUGCUUCUAGGCCUCAAGGAGGAAAUCAGCUGGCUCAGUUUAAUUUCUGUGGAUGUGGAUGGCCUGAUAAUCUCUUGAUACCCAAAGGAACUGUGGACGGUUACAAAUGUCAAUUAUUUGUAAUGAUUUCCAAUGUGAACGAUGAUCUAAUACAGCAGGAUGUUUCUGGACAGUGCAACGACUCAUAUUCUUAUUGUGGUCUUAAAGAUAAACUCUACCCAGAUAAAAGGUCUAUGGGAUAUCCAUUUGACAGGAUGCCCAGAGAUGGAGUGGAUACUUUACAGCAAUUUCUAACUCCAAAUAUGAGGGUGCAAGAUAUAUCUAUAGUCUUUGAGAAUAGAACAUUUAAACCCCGUCAAUCUUAAAGAUUUAUUCUGUUUUUUUUAUGGUAUAUAUUAAAUAAAAUAAAUGUUUUAAACUACUACAG